AUGGCGCAGCUGCGCGUCUGGCUUGGAUCCGGGGCGUUUGCGGCGGCGUCGGCGUCGGCGUCGGGGGUACAAGUGAAACGCGCGUGGUAUGACUCGCAGUCGGGCCCACAGGUAGUUAGCAACGCGACGACGACCACUGUCCUGGGGUGCUCCGGCGGUGCUGUGUGGACGUCAAGCAGCGGCGCGAGAUAUCAAGCUUGUGUGGGCCGGCCCUUUUGCCUCGACGGCGCGUCAGAGUUCCGUGCCAUACCGUACCUUGAGCAGACGUGCGUCAAGCGAGUGGCGUCGGGGGGUUACUUGAGUGCGGCGCUGAGUGCAGAGGGUGAGCUGUUUGUGUGGGGUCAGGCGUGUCCGGGUUCAACGGGCGAGAUGGACGUGCUGAAUGGGAAUGCUGAGGGGCAUGCUACACCUAGUACGGGAAUUACGGUGGCGGCGGAGGAGGAGGAGGAUGCGGAUGAGUUUGUAAAGUGCCUCGAGGUAAGGAUCAAUGGCAACGAGGCGAGCGUGUAUCAAGUGGCAAUUGGCCAUGGACAUAUUUUGGUAGCAGCAGAGUCUGCAAAUGCUUCACCGGCCAAGGAAAGGGUAGUGUUUGGCGCCGGAGAUAACAGUAUGGGACAGCUUGGGCUAGAAGCGCGGAGGUUUUAUAGUGCGUUCCACGAAGUUCAAAGUCUGCGGGGUAAGCGUGUUGCUCAGUUGUAUGCAGCGGGGUGGUCAAGCUUCGUUGUAACACUGGAAGAGUAACCAAGAAAGUCUAUGCUUUAGGUAUAGUGGUCAUGUGUUCAUGUUGG